AUGGUUCACGUUUCAUUUUACAGGAAUUAUGGAAAGACGUUCAAGAAACCACGUCGUCCGUACGAGAAGGAGCGUUUGGACGCGGAGCUGAAGCUGGUAGGGGAGUACGGGCUGAGGUGUAAGCGGGAGUUGUGGAGGGUGCAGUACGCUCUCAGCCGCAUCCGCAACAACGCCCGUAACCUCCUCACCCUUGACGAGAAGAACCCGCGCCGGAUCUUUGAGGGUGAGGCUCUCCUCCGCCGUAUGUUUCGCUACGGGCUCCUCGACGAGACCCAGAACAAGCUGGAUUAUGUCCUCGCACUCACUGUUGAGAACUUCCUCGAGCGCCGCCUCCAGACCCUCGUCUUCAAGUCUGGCAUGGCCAAGUCCAUCCACCAUGCUAGGGUUCUUAUCAAGCAGAGACACAUCAGGGUUGGUAGGCAAGUGGUUAACAUCCCAUCUUUCUUGGUGAGGGUUGACUCACAGAAACACAUUGACUUCUCACUUACAAGUCCCCUUGGUGGUGGACGCCCUGGAAGAGUGAAGAGAAAGAACCAAAGGGCUGCUGCUAAGAAGGCCGCAGGUGGAGAUGGAGAUGAGGAAGAUGAGGAUUAG